AUCUCUGUGUUAUAAUUGCGUUUUUUAAAAUAUCGAUUACAUUUUGUAUCCUUGAUGAAUACUUGGAAAAUCAGAAGUAUCCGUGGUGGAUAUUUCGGAAAUAAGACUUCACUGCUGUCAUGUGUCAUGCUAAUUAUCUUCUUUGGUUAUCUUGUGAAGUAGAACUCUCAUCCACUUAAGAUAUGCAGUAUUCUGUUUAUAUCUAUUACAAAUACAAGGCAGGGUUUUAAAAAAUAACAGUUUUAGUCUUUAUUCUAGGAGUCCUUUGUGUGCUGACUAAAAAAGCCUUUAUAUUUAAUCAUAGAUACAAACAGAUGGACCACACAUCCCCAACCUACAUGCUUGCUAACUUAACCCACUUACAUUCUGAGCAACUUCUGCAGGGCCUGAAUCUUCUUCGUCAGCAUCACGAACUCUGUGACGUCAUUCUUCGCGUAGGUGAUGUUAAAAUUCAUGCUCACAAAGUGGUACUUGCCAGCAUCAGCCCGUAUUUCAAAGCAAUGUUCACGGGAAAUCUCUCAGAAAAAGAGAACAGCGAGGUGGAGUUUCAGUGCAUUGAUGAGACUGCCCUCCAGGCCAUCGUGGAGUAUGCCUAUACAGGAACCGUUUUUAUUUCUCAGGACACAGUCGAAUCUCUUCUUCCAGCAGCAAACCUACUCCAAGUAAAGCUUGUCCUGAAGGAAUGCUGUGCAUUUCUUGAAAGCCAACUCGAUCCUGGUAACUGUAUUGGAAUUUCUCGUUUUGCAGAGACGUAUGGUUGUCACGACCUUUAUUUGGCGGCCACUAAAUACAUAUGCCAGAAUUUUGAAGCCGUUUGCCAGACAGAAGAGUUUUUUGAGCUUCCACAUGCUGAUUUGGAUGAAAUUGUUUCCAAUGACUGUCUGAAUGUAGCUACCGAAGAGACUGUUUUUUAUGCAUUGGAGUCUUGGAUCAAGUACGAUGUACAAGAGCGCCAGAAGUACUUAGCACAGCUACUAAACAGUGUACGGUUACCAUUGCUGAGUGUUAAGUUUCUCACUAGGCUGUAUGAAGCAAAUCAUCUUAUUCGCGAUGAUCGCACUUGUAAACAUCUUUUGAACGAGGCCCUAAAGUACCACUUUAUGCCUGAGCACAGACUUUCUCAUCAGACAAUCUUGGUAACGCGACCUCGCUGUGCCCCCAAAGUACUUUGUGCAGUAGGAGGAAAAUCUGGACUCUUUGCCUGUUUGGAUAGUGUGGAGAUGUACUUUCCUCAGAAUGACUCUUGGAUUGGUUUAGCACCCCUAAACAUUCCACGCUAUGAAUUCGGAAUAUGUGUGUUAGACCAAAAAGUGUACGUUAUAGGCGGUAUUGAAACUAAUGUGCGUCCUGGUGUCACCAUCAGAAAACAUGAAAAUUCAGUAGAAUGCUGGAACCCUGACACAAAUACCUGGACUUCGCUAGAGAGAAUGAAUGAGAGCCGAAGUACCCUGGGCGUCGUAGUACUUGCAGGAGAACUUUAUGCUUUAGGUGGCUAUGAUGGACAGUCUUACUUACAGUCUGUAGAGAAAUAUGUUCCCAAAAUAAGGAAAUGGCAACCUGUGGCUCCAAUGACUACAACCAGAAGUUGUUUCGCUGCGGCUGUACUGGAUGGAAUGAUCUAUGCCAUCGGAGGGUACGGGCCUGCCCACAUGAACAGUGUGGAGCGAUAUGAUCCAAGCAAGGACUCCUGGGAGAUGGUUGCUUCCAUGGCGGAUAAAAGGAUUCACUUUGGUGUGGGCGUUAUGUUAGGCUUUAUUUUUGUCGUGGGCGGACAUAAUGGUGUCUCACAUUUGUCAAGCAUUGAAAGAUACGACCCUCAUCAAAAUCAGUGGACUGUGUGUAGACCAAUGAAAGAACCCAGAACAGGAGUUGGUGCUGCAGUAAUUGAUAACUACCUGUAUGUAGUUGGUGGUCACUCAGGGUCUUCCUAUCUGAACACAGUGCAGAAAUAUGACCCUAUCUCAGACACUUGGGUGGAUUCAGCAGGCAUGAUCUACUGUCGCUGCAAUUUUGGACUGACUGCACUCUGACACGUGUGAAUGCCUGGCCAUAGCAUGGUGGUGAAACUUGGCCACGUGAAAGGAUGCCCAGUUUUCUAAAAGCUGCAUUGCUUCUUUGUAACUGCAAGUGGCAUGAAGACUCACAGUUUGUGGGAUACUUUGAAUUGACUAGUUUUGGUUGCUCUUGAUUAUGCAGUAAAUCCAUCAUAAAAAAAACAAGACCUUGCCAAUUGAGUUGUGCAUUUUUCCCCUCAAAACUGGGAUAGUUCUUAAACAUACAUAUGGAGAAAACCUUGCUGCUUUUUGUCUUUCUUUUCAUUUCAGCUCUCCUUCCUUGACAUGUAUGUAUUAUGAGUUAUAGGGAUGAGAGAGGCUUUAGAACUCUGAAGUAUGUUGAAUGACUGGACAGAUUGCUUAUACUGCUUGUCACAUAUAAAUUCUUACGCUUUAUGUGUCUUAAAACAAAGGGCUGCUUUUACUUCUGGUACUUUUAAAGAUUGUAAAUAAUGUGCCCUGGUGAGUCAUCUGUAUCUUCUUUCUGCUAAAUGGUUUUAGGACUGGUGGUAUAAGUUUGUAAGACAGUUGCUUUUAUUAUCAUAUUUGGAACCCUAUUUUAAGAAGUCAGCUACUUACUGUUUAUGCCUUUUAUUUUAUUUUAUUUUAUUUUAUUUUUUUUUGGUUUUUCUCCGGCACUGGGAACUGAACUCACAACCUUGCGCUUGCCAGGCAGGCACUUUGCCGCUGAGCUAAAUCCCUAGCCCCAGGCCUUUUAUAUAUAUGGGCAGGUUAAUGCUGGACAGAUUUAGUUACUCAUCUAUGCUAUGAUAAGCAUGAAUAGAAGGAGUUAAUCAGAGCAGGUAUUUCAGUUUUUUCUUAGCAGUACAGCAAGCUUCCCAGUGUUGAUGUAAAUAUUUGUAGUAUUUAGUACUUUAGUGCAUAUUAAUUUUUUCAUAUUCCCUCAUAAUAAUUUUCAUUUCAAGGUCUUUGCUUUUUCAAAGUGUUCAAAUAUAAAAAUGGUGCUAACUGUAGGAUCGAUAACAGAUUAUAACCAAUAUUCUUUUGGAUGCUUAAGAUAUGCAUGACAUAUUUUGAUGGUCCUUUUCAUUUUUACUGGCUUGAUUCAUUCGUGCUUAUAAUAGUGAGUACAUCAACAUUAACAUCCAAAACUCAUCUAAAUGGUCUGUGUUAUGCUUUUCAUGGUUCCUGAAUAGUGGUUUAAAGAAAGAUACAUUUUUAUCUUUCUUCUUGUGCUAGAUAUUACAUGUCCUUCUUAAAAACAAAUAUAUGCAUUAAAUAUAAGACACUAAACA